AGCACGUGAUGAUGUUGUUGAAUGAAGAAGAAGCUCUGCCAUGUUUCUGCAAGUUCAAUGCAAGGGUUUAAGAGGGUUAAAGAGUGGGGGACCGGGCCCAAGCUCUACCCUUGGUUGUACUUGUGUACUUUUGCAUCUUUAACGUGCGUAAACCGUACCUACCUCUAGGUACCUAGGUACCAUGUAGGUAGGAGGUACUUCGUACAUCUGCCGAUUGGGUCUCUUCGUUAGCUGCCAUCUUCAAAAAUCAACAAUUCGAGUUGGGCAGAAUCCAUCGUUUAAACUUCUUUGGUCGAGCAAGCAAGACAUGAUCGCAUCAAAAACCCGUCCUUCUUAUUCGAUAUAAUUCAAGAUGGCCCCAGGACAGAAGCUUUACCCGAGGGCGACGGUGAAAAAGAUCGUAAAAGCGCAUUCCAACUGCAACGUUAGCAAAAACGUCGAUGUUAUGAUAUUUUUAGACUACGUACUCUUCAUGCAAACACUUAUGAAGGAGGCAGCUAUCGACGCGAAACAAGCUGGCGAAAGGGGUAUAAGUGCUAGGAGUGUGAAGAAAGCUACAGCGGACACCCUGGCCAAGUUCAAGGGAUGAAAUAGAACGAGUUUACUACUAGGCUUGAUAUAACUUGGUCUUGGCCAAUGAAGAUAACUGAAUAUCUGGAGCCAAGGCAUAUAGUUACCUAGCUGAAGUAUCCUUUUACUCUUGUCUCACUUUGACCAAGCGCGCCUUGCGCGAGUAACAAGUUGGUGGAUACAGGUUGUUAUACAUCGGACUUAACAGUGGG